AUGGCACCAUCAAAGAAGAAGAAAAAUAAUAAUAAUAGUUCACCAUCGUCACGAUUAAAAACUCUAGCUGAAGAAAUAUUAAUCGAUCAAAAUAGAAUACUAAUAGAGAACAACAAACGUUUAGAACAAGAAAUUGAAAAUCUUAAACAACAGUUAAUGGAAAAGACAACUGUUGAUCAGAGAGGUUUUCAACUCAAACUACCUCGAGUUGUUCUGAAUCAACCAAAUGUUAUGUUUGAAAAUAAUUUAAUAUACGACAUAUUGAAAGAUAACGAACCAUAA